UUGCCAGAGAGGAAUGCUGGGAGAGCCGGGCCCAGGGCAGGAGGCUGAGGUGUCCCUGCUCCAGGAAACAGAGCGAAGACACUGGCCCUGACUGGCAGCAGCCCGGGUCUAAGAGCUGAGCCCAGGGGCACAGACCUGUGGGCUCCAUGGCUGGGAAGGCCACCAAGGAGAGAGGGCUGCCAAAAGGGGCCACUCCCCAGGAUGCAUUGGGCCUCCAGGAUAGAUUGUUCUCCUCUGAAAGUGACAACAGCCUGUACUUCACCUACAGUGGCCAGCCCAAUACCCUGGAGGUCAGAGACCUCAACUAUCAGGUGGACGUGGCCUCUCAGGUCUCCUGGUUUGAGCACCUGGCUCAGUUCAAGAUGCCCUGGACAUCUCACAGCCGCAGAAGUUCUUAUGAGCUGGGCAUCCAGAACCUGAGCUUCAAAGUGAGAAGUGGGCAGAUGCUGGCCAUCAUAGGGAGCUCAGGCUGUGGGAGAGCCUCAUUGCUGGACGUCAUCACUGGCCGAGGUCACGGUGGCAAGAUCAAGUCAGGCCAGAUCUGGAUCAAUGGGCAGCCCAGCUCACCUCAGCUGGUGAGGAAGUGUGUGGCCCACGUGCGCCAGCAUGACCAGCUGCUCCCCAACUUGACCGUGCGAGAGACACUGGCCUUCAUUGCCCAGAUGCGGCUGCCCAGAACCUUCUCCCAGGCCCAGCGUGACAAAAGGGUAGAGGACGUGAUCGCAGAGCUGCGGCUUAGGCAGUGCGCUGACACCCGCGUGGGCAACACGUAUGUGCGAGGGGUGUCAGGGGGCGAGCGCAGGAGAGUCAGCAUUGGGGUGCAGCUCCUAUGGAACCCAGGAAUCCUCAUUCUCGACGAACCCACCUCUGGGCUUGACAGCUUCACAGCCCACAACCUGGUGAAGACCUUGUCCAGGCUGGCCAAAGGCAACCGGCUGGUGCUCAUCUCCCUCCACCAGCCUCGCUCCGAUAUCUUCAGGCUGUUCGAUUUGGUCCUCCUGAUGACGUCUGGCACCCCCAUCUACCUAGGGGCGGCCCAGCACAUGGUCCAGUAUUUCACAGCCAUUGGCUACCCCUGUCCUUGCUACAGCAACCCAGCUGACUUCUAUGUGGACCUGACCAGCAUCGACAGGCGCAGCAGAGAACAGGAAGUGGCCACCAGGGAAAAGGCUCAAUCACUUGCAGCCCUGUUUCUAGAAAAAGUGCGUGACUUAGAUGACUUUCUGUGGAAAGCAGAGACAAAGGAUCUUGAAGAGGACAUCUGCAUGGAAAGCCUGGCCGCACCAGACACUAAUUGCCUCCCAAGUCCUACGAAGAUGCCUGGGGCGGUGCAGCAGUUUACCACGCUGAUCCGUCGUCAGAUUUCCAACGACUACCGAGACCUGCCCACCCUCCUCAUCCACGGGGCGGAGGCCUGUCUGAUGUCGCUAACCAUUGGCUUCCUCUACUCUGGCCCCGGGAGCAUCCAGCUCUCCCUCAUGGACACAGCCGCCCUCUUGUUCAUGAUAGGUGCUCUCAUCCCUUUCAACGUCAUUCUGGAUGUCAUCUCCAAAAGUUACUCGGAGAGGGCGAUGCUUUACUAUGAACUGGAAGAUGGGCUGUACACCGCUGGUCCAUAUUUGUUUGCCAAGGUCCUCGGGGAGCUUCCAGAGCACUGUGCCUACAUCAUCAUCUACGGGAUGCCCACCUACUGGCUGGCCAACCUGAGGCCGGGCCUCCAGCCCUUCCUGCUGCACUUCCUGCUGGUGUGGCUGGUAGUCUUCUGCUGCAGGAUUAUGGCCCUGGCCUCCGCGGCCAUGUUCCCCACCUUCCACAUGGCCUCCUUCUUCAGCAAUGCCCUCUACAACUCCUUCUACCUCACCGGGGGCUUCAUGAUAACCUUGAGCAGCCUGUGGACAGUGCCCGCGUGGAUUUCCAAAGUGUCCUUCCUGCGAUGGUGUUUUGAAGGGCUGAUGAAGAUUCAGUUCAGCAGCAGAGCUUAUAAAAUGCCUCUGGGCAACUUCACCAUCCCAGUCCCAGGAGAUAAAAUCCUCAGUGCCAUGGAGCUGAACUCGUACCCUCUCUACGUCAUCUACCUCAUCGUCAUUGGCCUCAGCGGUGGCUUCAUGGUCCUGUACUACGUGUCCUUAAGGUUCAUCAAACAGAAACCAAGUCAAGACUGGUGAUUCAUGCCGGGUGCCUGCCCGCUGGUGGGGCACCCAAGCAGACCCUUCAACUGCACUCCUUCCUCAGAAGCCCCUUCCUGGGGACAAUGAGGACAAUGACCCUAAGAAGCUCAGCUACAUCCGGCCCACAGUGCUGCAGUGGCACAGACCAACCACAGGAUGGCAGUAGAAUAAAGACAGUAGAAAGGGAUUUCUGCUCACUGGCAGGAGACUGAUGACUGGGAGUGAGAAAACCUGCACUCAGUGGCGCCUACAACGUUGCUAAUUUAUUUCCUUUUGAUAUGUGCUUAUAUAGGCAACUCGAUAUAGGAUGGGAGCAAACUAGGAAUAAAUUGAGUAGCUAGACUGCAGGAAUUGUUAGAACCCAGAGAGAAUAAUAAAAGUAGCUAGCA